AUGUCGUCGUCCGGAUCAGGCUGGAUCGGCCGCUCCAGCAGCAACAAUGCCAACAUGCGCGGCCUGGUGCAGUUCAUCGCCGACCUGCGCAACGCGCGCGCCCGCGAGCUGGAGGAGAAGCGCAUCAACAAGGAGCUGGCCAACAUCCGCCAAAAGUUCAAGGACGGCAACCUCAGCGGCUACCACAAGAAGAAAUACGUCUGCAAGCUGCUCUACAUCUACAUCCUGGGGUGGAAUGUCGACUUUGGCCAUCUCGAGGCCGUCAACCUCAUCUCCGCCAGCAAGUACUCGGAGAAGCAGAUUGGCUACCUGGCCAUGACGCUGUUCCUGCACGAGAAGCACGAGCUGCUGCACCUCGUCGUCAACAGCAUCCGCAAGGACCUGCUCGACCACAACGAGCUCUUUAACUGCCUGGCCCUGCAUGCCAUUGCCAAUGUCGGAGGCCGCGAGAUGGGAGAGGCUCUGAGCGGAGAGGUGCACCGCCUGCUCAUCUCGCCGACCUCCAAAUCAUUCGUCAAGAAAAAGGCCGCCCUCACCUUGCUGCGCCUGUACCGAAAGCACCGGGACAUUGUCCAGCCCCAGUGGGCCGAGCGCAUCAUCCAUCUCAUGGACGACGACGACCUGGGCGUUGCGCUGUCCGUCACCUCUCUCGUCAUGACGCUGGCUCAGGAUGACCUGGAGCAGUACAAGGGCGCAUAUGCCAAGGCGGCCGCGAAGCUCAAGCGCAUCCUCAUUGACGGCGAGUAUACCACCGACUACCUGUACUACAAGGUCCCGUGCCCUUGGCUGCAGGUCAAGCUUCUGCGGCUGCUGCAAUACUUUCCCCCUUCAGAGGAUACGCACGUGCGCGAGCUCAUCCGAGAGUCUCUGCAAAAGAUUCUCAACCUCGCCAUGGAGUCGAGCAAGAACGUGCAGCAGAACAACGCCCAAAAUGCGGUGCUCUUUGAGGCCAUCAACCUCAUCAUCCACCUUGACACGGAGCAGGACCUGAUGAAGCAGAUUUCGUCUCGCCUCGGCCGCUUCAUCCAGAGCAGGGAGACCAACGUUCGAUACCUGGGCCUCGAGGCCAUGACCCAUCUGGCCGCAAGAUCCGAAAACCUCAUCCCGAUUAAGCAGCACCAGGACAUCAUCCUCAGCUCUCUCAAGGACCGUGACAUUAGCGUUCGCCGAAAGGGUCUCGAUCUCCUCUACAGCAUGUGCGACUCCUCGAAUGCGCAGGUCGUGGUGGGCGAGCUUCUGCACUUUUUGCAGAACGCAGACUUUGCCAUUCGUGAGGAAAUGGUUCUUAAGAUUGCCAUCCUUACGGAAAAGUAUGCCACCGACGUGCAGUGGUACGUCGACAUCUCCUUGCGGCUGAUUGCCAUGGCCGGCGACCAUGUCAGCGACGAGGUGUGGCAGCGAGUGAUUCAGAUUGUCACCAACAACGAGGAGCUCCAGGUCUACGCUGCCCAGACUGCCCUUCAGCACAUCAGGGCCGACAUCUGCCACGAGACGCUGGUCAAGAUUGGCGCCUACAUCCUCGGCGAGUUUGGCCAUCUCAUUGCGGACCAGCAGCGGUGCAGCCCUAUUGAGCAGUUCCUAGCGCUCCAGAAGAAGCUGUCGGGAUGCUCGUCGAGCACGCGCGCCAUGAUCCUUUCCUGCUUCAUCAAAUUCGUCAACCUGUUCCCCGAGAUCAAGCCGCAGCUCGUCCACGUCUUCCAGGUCUACAGCCACACCCUGGACUCUGAACUGCAGCAGAGAGCCUGCGAGUACCUGACCUUGGCGACGAUGCCGACGGAUGACCUGCUGCGGACAAUGUGCGACGAAAUGCCACCCUUCCCCGAGCGAGAAUCGGCCCUGCUGUCUCGCCUGCACCAAAAGCAUGCCGGCACGAGCGAUCGGAGGACGUGGGUUGUCGGCGGCAAGUCUGCCAACACGGAGGCGGAGCUCAACAUGGCCAAGCCUGGUGGUUUGAAGAGGACCUUUAGUUCUGCUGUUCCGCUCAACGGAAACAAGGCCAACGGUGCCAACGGAGCUCACACAAACGGCGCCUCUGACCUUGCAGGUCUGGACUUGAGCUCGUCAGGGACCGACCAAAAGCCGACAAAGGCACCAAACCUCGCCAGCGCGGCGCAUCUGUCACCUGGGUGGGAGAAGGGCUUCAACAGGCUCUUGCUCAAGGCCGAGGGAGUCUUGUACGAAGAUGCGCAGUUGCAGAUUGGUGUCCGGUCCGAGUAUCGCGGCCAGAUGGCCUGCCUCAUUGCGUAUUUCCGCAACAAGAAUCCCGGAACCAUCACAUCCUUUACCACGACGCUGGACCUGGACGAGAGCGAAAAGGGCAAGCUCUCCUGGGACGUCAAGGGUCUUCCGGAGAGCACGCUCGGCCAGGGGUCGCAGACACAGCAGGUCAUCAUGUUUGAGGCCAAGAAGGUGUUUGAGAAGAGCCCGACGAUGCGCGUCAGCUACCUGGCCGGUGCGCUGCAGGCGCUCACGCUGAAGCUGCCUGUCACCAUCCACAAGUUCAUGGACCCGGCCGAGCUUUCGGCCGAGGACUUUUUCAAGCGGUGGAAGCAGAUUGGCGGCGGCACCCGAGAGGCACAGGGAAUCUUUGGCCUCACCGGCGGCAAGACCGGCGCCAGGGAACUCAACGAAAAGUUUGUGCUGUCGACGGUCGAGGGCUUCCGAUGGCGUGUCCUCGACAUGGUUGAUCCCAAUCCUAAGAACGUUGUCGGCGCCAGCGUGCUUCACACCUCGGAGGGCGGCAAGUUUGGCUGCCUGAUGCGACUGGAGCCCAAUUAUGCUACUCAGAUGAUCCGACUCACGAUCCGAGCCACGGACGAGUCGGUGCCACAGGUCCUCCUGAAGCUCAUGCAAGAUCGGCUCGCCCUCGGCGUGUCGACGCUGCCCGAGAGACACGAGCCGCCGACACGACAAGACAUUUCCGACGCCUUUGGGAGUGUAAUGGUUAACUAA